AUGUCUUAUUCCAGUUUGGUCGCAAUUCAGCCAAUGGAAGCUACUAAUCUCUUAUCAACUUUGGAACUUCUGUGUGCACCCAAGAAGCUUGAUCGUGAAAAAGGCGAAGAUCAGCUAAAUAACAUAUCACUAACAUCUGACGAAGUUAAGUUGGUGUCAAGUUGGAUAGAAGAAAAGUUGGAAGGGCUGUCUAAUUGGGAAGACGUCUUUGGUGGGAUCACCGCAGCUAUCAUCCUACUUCGCAAUGUCGAUUAUCGAUCUCUGGUAGAUGUUGGUAUUGUCGGUAAAUUAGAAGAUCAAGCAGUUGAAUGUCAUGAUAACCCUGAAUUCCGAGUUCGGAUAGCUGCAGGUCAACUUAUGGGUUCUCUCUGUCGACAUGCUGGAUUAUCUUUGUUCAUCCGGUACUUACCCACUGUAAUUCAAGGUGUCGUCACUAAUUUAGAAAGAAAUACUGAAGCCCCUGUAUCUGAAGCUGAGUUAUCUCUACGAGAGCUCAACUUAGCUAAGGAAUGCAGUACUAAUUUGAGCAGCAGUUCUCUAUCUAUUUUCCAUGAUACAGCAGGUUGGAAAAACUUGGAAACUUGGAUGAAGUGUUUACAGGAAAUGGUUUCAAAUCUUCCAUCCAAGGAUUUCAUUAAAGUGGAUAGAACUAUUAUUUUGGAACUUAUUUUUAAAGCUGUUCAGCACGUCAAUCGUUUUGUUCGUGAAACAGGUUAUGAUGUUUUAUCAACAAUGAUUUCUCGUCAUUUAUGUUACACGGAGCCAGAAGCAAAGGAAGCAACUUAUAUCAACGUUGCAACUCAACUCGCUAAGGGUUUAUCAGAUAAUUGGAGUCAAGUCCGUAUGGCCGCUUCCAGAGCAGUACGAACUCUUUUUGAGGUUGAUCCUCCCUCUGGAUAUACCAGAGAUGAUAUUUACCCUAUUCUUUUACCAGCUAUGUGUUUAAACAGAUAUUACGUUGCUGAAGGCGUCAGGAUUUAUAGUCAAGAUACUUGGUGUCGUGUUACUCAAGGAGAAGGUCGAAAGUUACUUGGUCAAUAUUUAGUUCCAGCUGUCGAUUAUUACAUUCAACAAAGUGAUGCCGAUAAUCAUGCGGUUCGUGAGGCUUCUUGUGCGUCUAUGGCUGAGAUUGUAACUAAAUUAGAUCCAAAUUUGCUACUACCGUGUGUCAGUAAAUUGCUCGAUGCCUUAAUUGUAUGCUUUGGAGAUGAAAGUUGGCCAGUAAGAGAUGCGGCCUGUGUUGCACUUGGUUCAUUGAUUUCCACCUUUCCUAAUGAGACACGCGCGGCUGGCUACGAUAAUUUAAUGGCUACACAAUUCUUACGAAACCUUAGUGAUAGUAUUCCAUCAGUCCGUGAUGGUGCAGCUAAAUCGAUUGCUGCGAUUUUAAAAUCAGUUGGUGAUCAAAAUUUAUUCCAACAUUAUAUCAAUCAUAUCGUAGAAAAAAUUGAUGGAUUAAGCAAACAGCCUAAAGAAUCUCAUGGUGCAGAAUCUAGUCGUGUAUCUGGGAAGGGACCAGGAGCAUCUCAUGUUACUGUUCACAGUGGAGAUGCUGCUCAUGAUAGUCGUCAUACUGAUCAAGUUAUGUACUCCUGUGGAUCCUUGGCCCCGAAGCUUCAGAAAGGUCGAAAAGGUGGUGGUUGUCAUAAUGGUCUUCAUCAACGUGCCAGUGAACCUUGGGAAGAGGCUGAUGGCGCAAUUCGCUUGAUCGGUCAAAUAUCAGACAAGUUCCCAAACCGAGUCACUGACGAUUUGAUUGAGCAACUAUUGAAGGGUUGUGAACAUCGAAAUUAUACACAUUAUCCUUAUUUUUUAGAAACUGCUUGCGAUGUAAUUGUACAGCUGUGUAAUCAUCUCGAAAAACCUCAAUUUAAAAAAUAUAUGGAUGCGUUUCUGGAAGUAUUGGCAACCGCAGUAGAAAGCAAGUUACCGCUGGCUGUUAAUGCUGCAUCGGAAUGCCUUAAAUCUAUUGGAAAUCGUUUUGGUCCAACCGUGCUACGUGGUCGAAUUGAAAGUCACAUUAAUGCAUUUGUUUCUGAAAACCUGGUUGAUUUAUUACCUCCUGUGUGA